UGUUCCAAAAUACACAAUUUCAUAUUCUUCUUAAAAUUGUUAUAUAUCGAUAUAAGAAAAGUUUUAAAUCAGUUUUUGGUUUUAAAAAUAUAUUAAAGUUCAGAAAAUUGAAUUAAAAUGGAAGCAUCCGAAGUUUUGCACGUGGAAAUCUGUCAAAAUAUUGAUAGCACACUUUCUAUUGAAAAAAUAGAAAAUUUAAUAUAUGCUGAAAUAAAUACAUUAGAGGAUAUUAUGUUAAACACUAUUAUUUAUGCAAAGGAUUUAAAAAAUUGCAUUUUACAGACUCAUAUUGAUUCCAUAAUAUGUACGUCUAGUCAUGGAGAGAGAAGUCAUAUGAAAAUACAAAAUGCUACUCUAAAGUUUCAUGUAUAUAGGUUAACUACAGAAUCUGCAGCUACAGAAACAAUGGAAAAUGAUGGAGAAGAUCUUGCAGUUUCUUCUCAUUGGAUAUUACCAACAAAAGAAUUUCAUUAUCUAUGGGAAAGUCUUUAUUUUGAUUCUAGCAUAAAAGAUUAUCUACUUCAUUUUGUAGAAACAGCAAUGAUAUUUGCAGACCAUAGUGUUGAUACAAACAUUAUAAGUUGGAAUAAAGUAGUGUUAUUACAUGGACCACCAGGCACAGGAAAAACUAGUUUAUGCAAAGCUCUUGCUCAAAAAAUUAUUAUUCGUUUAGGCAAAAGAUUUACUCAUGCAGAAUUCAUUGAAAUAAAUAGUCAUAGUUUAUUUUCAAAAUGGUUUUCAGAGAGUGGUAAAUUAGUUAUGAAACUAUUCAAUGAAAUAAAAAAUCUUCUAGAAAAUUCGCACGCAUUAGUUUGCAUUUUAAUUGACGAAGUGGAAUCUUUAGCGCACGCUCGGAAGUCUUGUAGUAAUGGAAUGGAACCUACUGAUUCUAUAAGAGUAGUAAAUGCUUUAUUAACACAACUAGAUCAAAUAAAACAAUAUCCAAAUGUUUUGAUUUUAACGACUAGUAAUUUAUCAGAAGCUAUUGAUUUAGCAUUUAUUGAUAGAGCAGAUAUAAAACAAUAUAUUGGACAUCCUACGCAUCAAGCUAUAUACAAAAUAUAUACUUCAUGUCUGAAAGAAUUAAUGAGGACAAAACUAAUGGAACCAGAAGAAAUAUAUGAUUUAUCAUAUUUAAAAAGAAUGGGCUAUGAAGAAACAUUUCAAACAAAAAAUAGUCUUAAGUUGAUGGAAUUAAGUCAAGAAAGUUUGGGUUUUAGUGGACGUAUUUUAAGAAAAAUACCGUUUUUAGCUCAUGCUUUUUAUUUAAGAACAAAAAAGUGUACUUUAACACGAUUUUUAAGAGCUAUGCAUUUAGCUCUUAAAAGAGAAAAAGAAGAUAACACUGAAGAUGUAUCUCAAGUAUUGCAACAUUUGGAAUUCUAAAAGGUAUUUGCUCCAAAAUUUUUAAAUUCGUUUUUUAGUUUUUUUAUUGUAAUUGAAUUUAUUUCAA